UACGAAAUAUUACUUAUGAUAGCUUCGAUUUAAUUUGAUAUAGUGUCUUUCGAGAUGGGGUUAAUAUAAAUUUUUAAGAAUUCGUCAAGUUAUUGUUGAGAGCAUGGCGACAAAAUCGGUUAAUUCUAAAAAUUCCGAAGAAGUUGAGGAACCGUCGAUAGAUUCUGUGGAUCCGGAAGAGUGCAAAUUAGCACGACGUUUGCGGAUUCAAAGGCGCGCUGAAGCUUUGCAGAGAUUGGAAAACGAUGAUGGAGGAAGCGAAGAGAAAGAGAGUCUUACGGAAAAACAAAUUUGCAUCAGCGCGGAACUUUUGGAAAAAUUGAUUAACGAAGGGUAUGAAGUGAUUACGAACGUCCAAGUGGCCAAUGAUGCGCGCGAAUUAGAACGCCAGAAGCGAGAAAGUGCUCUUCAGGAUCUUAUUUCUAAGCACUUGAAAGAGAAUAGGGAAGAAAGUGAAAGACAAUGUGAAAUCAUUAAUAAACAAUGGCCACUGAUUUUGGCGUUAAAAGAUCCACUGGAAAUUAAUAAUGCGAUGGAAUUGCAGGCGAAAAAAUGUAAAGAAGUUUUAGAUCUGAAAGACGCUUUUAUUGCAGAACUGAAACAAGAGUUAGAACGAGCCGAUAGAAUUUAUUUUGAAAAUCAGAAACAGCAAAAAGAUGAUAUCAAAUUGUUGAUGGAAAGAAUUGAAAAUCAGAUGCUUACGAUGGAAAACGCUUACAAUAGGGAAUUGCAAUUAAUAGAGAAAGCGCUGGAGACUGAAAGGGAAACUAUAGUGGAGAAUUUUCAAAAAAAAUGGGAGGAUCUUUAUCAAAAAGAGCAAGAUGAAGAUUACAUGAGCGAUGAAAAGUUGAAGGAAAUUAUGGAAGAUUAUGAAACAGAAAUGGAAAAACUCAUGACAGAACAUGACGAGGAUUAUCGAGCGCAAAAGAUCCUAUUAAAUAAAGAAUGCCAACUUUUACAGCAAGAGGUGGAAAAGACAAAAGCCAUGUGUUUGUUAAAUGCUGAAAAGCUCUCAUAUAAUUAUACCGUAAUGAAAAAUCGCGAGGAAGAAAAUGCCAUAAUAAAAAGUCAGCAGAAAAGAAAAAUAAAUAAAUUGCAGGUGCAUCUCGAUUCUCUUAAACAAAAUUAUAAAAUCUUAGAAGCAAAUACAAAUAUGGAAAUAGAAAAAUUAUCGAAUCAAAUCAUAAAGUACCGAAAAAAUAUUACAGAGCUUCUGGAGAAAUCCAAUCAUUUUACGCGCAUCAGUGAAAAACAGUAUCUAGACAUUUGGGAUAUGAAUACUCAAACAGCAAAUGAAUUAGUUGAUAAGAUUUUAAUGGCAGAUAGGAUUAUUCACGAACGCACUUUAGGCAUUUUGUGGGAGGCGCCAAAAAAGUCAUUACCAAAGAAAGAAGAUUUGCCGUCUUAUCGUGAAGCAAUGAACAUCAUUAAAAUGCGUAAGCAAAAGGAGGUAGAAUUAAAUAAAAUCUUUCAAUAUAAACGGGCAGAUCAAUCUUGUUCGGAAAUUAAAUUAGAAACACAAGUAUUACAUAACAUUUUGAAACAAAUAUCAAACAGUUCUAAAUAUUUAAUCGAACAUAAACUCCAAGAAAUAAUAUUAGACCGUUGCGAAGAAGAUAAGACUAUUAUACAACUUGAUAAUAUUUUUCAAGCUUUGUCAAUUUCCACACCAGAAGAGAUUAAUAUGCUAUUAAACUUUUUCUUACCAUAUGCAUAUUGUUUAAAAUGUUCUGAGAUCCAGUCGACCAGCUCCGAAAGCUUAAGCGAUAUAACAUAUUCGAUUUGCGAAUGCCCGGUAGAUGAAAAAGAAAAGAAGUUAAUUGAUACUGUCAAAGAGGUAAUCGAGUCAGAUAUUAAGGACAACGAGGAAUCAAAUGAGAUUAAUACUAUUCAGACCGAUAGUUGUGGCUGUGAAUCAAAAAGUGCAGAAGAAUCUGAAAGUAAUACGAAAAAGGACGAGAUACAAUUCAAGUCAAAAUUUACAUGUGAUAAAGGCCAUGUACUUGAAAUUCAGACUGCUGAUGUUACACAUGCAAUCAAAGACAUUGUAAUAAAGUACAAUGAAAAUGAGCAAAAGAACAAUAUCUCUUUUGAAGAUAAAUUAGGCGAAAAUAAAGUAACGAUUUCACGAAAUUUAACAGAAGAGGACGUGAAAAAUUUUUGGUCACAAUACCGCGAUAUUAUUGACAAAGAUAAAGAAAAAUUAUGGGAAACAAUUUUGAUGGCAUUGAAUAAAUAUCACGAGGUUUUACAAGAAGGGUAUGAAAUGUCUACGAAAAUUGAUAAUUUGAAAAAACAAAAUGCUGAAUUAGAACGAUUGUUGGAAUCGCAGAAAACAUGCCCGGAAACUGCAUUACCAUUUCUACCACUAAAGCCAAUAAGAAAUGUACCAUAUAAAUUAAAAAUGAAAUAAUGAUAUUUUCUUUUAAAAAAUAACUUUAUUAAUCUUUUCUAUAACCGUUUAUUAACAUCUCAUUUAAAACACAUUAACGAAUAUUUUC